AUGUCUUCAAGAGAGACACCAUCAGCCACACUUCUGCCAGAUCCAAUCUUCGCCAGGCAGGAAUACGUUGCCGAGGCGGCUGAUCUCUCGCUGGCCAUUUCCAUCGUGAAAGUCAGAUUGAGAACGCCAGAAUGGACCACUUUCGUCAUCGACUCUGUCAAUUCCAACGCGACCGAUAAUGCUGACUACAUCGUCGAGGAUAUCUCCAAGACAGCUAGCGGCAGAGUGACGGGGAUUCGUCAUCCCAGAACGGAACCUGUAUGCGAAGAUUUGACUGGGUCGAAGAGUGUCACCAAAGACGUACAAUUCUCAAACGCUGCCGGAACGCUAGUCGAAUCAAAUGCAGCUGACCUGAUCCGGUCUUCACUCCGGGGUCCGAUCGACUGCCGGAACACAGAGUUGACUGAUGAGAACAUCAUUCCUAGGGAUUAUUACUAUCCCAAAUGA